CCUUUCUGUUCUUUGGUUUCUCUCGGCCUCUCUGAACAGACUAUCAGCUCAUUUGCUCCACAGGACCACAUCUUCUGCAGGACCCCUGAAAGAUCCUCUCCACCAGGAUGCAGGUGCAAAUGCAGAACCAACAAAUGUACUACCCGGGUGGAAAUAACAUGGCUGUUCAACCUGUACAAUUUGCAAAUGCCCCUUCCGCACCUCAGCUUGUGGUUGCUCAACCAGUACAGUAUGCCAAUCCCGCACCUCAGCUUGUGGUUGCUCAACCAGUUCAGUAUGCCAAUCCCGCACCUCAGCUUGUGGUUGCUCAACCAGUACAGUAUGCCAAUCCCGCACCUCAGCUUGUGAAUGCUCAACCAGUACAGUAUGCCAAUCCCGCAAUGCCAACGAAUGUGAUGGGGAGGCCGAAGGCAAUGCCAGGCCGGAUGAGGUGCCCGUACUGUCAGACUGACAUUGUAACCGAGACAACAUAUGUCUACGGCACUCUCACUUGGACCAUCAUCAUAACGCUCGGAGUCUGCAUGAUCUGGCCGUUCUGUCUGAUCCCGUUUUGUUGUAAAGAAUGUGAGGACGUGGAACACCACUGCCCCAACUGCAACAGAAUGACGCAUGUUCACAAACGCAUGUGAGCCUGGACCAGACCACUGCCACAAGGUGGUACGUCCAAAGAUGGCUUCAUAAUUUAAGCCAUGGGGACUCCAACCUCAAUGUCACACACACUCAUGUGGACAAGUGUGCCUGCUGAAUUUCUAAAAUGUAAAGGUCCUGUAAAAUGGUAAAGACUGUACAGUCACAAACAUUUAAAUUAGUUAUGAUUAACAGUUGUUUUCAAAUGUAUGCAAUGGCUGCUUCUAGUUUAUUUUUAAACAUAUAAUUGUUUUUAAUUCUAAAUUCAAUGGAUUUAUAUAAUGAUUAUAGUAGGUAUAUAGUAGUUCUAUAGUAGUUCAAUAGUAGUUAUAUGUGCUAAAUAGAAUGUAUUGUACUUUGCAACUGCAUAGUAAAAGUCUGUAGCUCUUUUGUUUGCUUUCUCAGCCUUAAAGGAUUUUUAAUAAUGUAAUUAACAAUAAACAUAUUAAAUGAUAUUGACCAGA